UUUAUUUCCUUAUCAUAUCCGCAUUUUCGGUGUCAUCAUGGCCACCGCUGCACAAACUUCUAAUAUAUCGGCUGUAGUGUCGUGCUGGUGUCAUUAGCGUGGUUUUUGCGGCGGGUUUGUGUAGUAAACGCGUGGUCUCGAGACGCUGGAGAUGAUUCUCCUCGCGUCUUAGCUCGUUCGCCGGUGGACUGGAAGAGCAACCGGGUGUGCGUUUAUUUAGCGUUAAUUGUAUCCGUUUGAUUUUUAUUUCGUCCUUGAGCAACUGGGGGGCAUUGAGUCUCCCCGUUCUGUAUUUUAAUGACUGGUUUUGUAUUUUGCUGCGCGAUGUACAUGGAUAAAACCAGUGUGCUCCGGGGCCCGUCCACCACCAGUCCACGGCUUCUAACCAAGAGUCUGUCUCUUGAGCCAGGCCCCUGCCUCGGAGCCCACGAGACCCCACAGCGCCUCUGCUCUGACCCUGGACCCCUGGAAGCACAGCACUGCAAUGGCACAAGUGAGAAUGGACCUCAGGACGUCCCGCCUCCACCCCCUAAAACACGCCCACCUUUACCUGGGCCAAAGCCUCAAGUGCCCCCGAAACCCCCUCAUCUCCAGCAGCAGAGCGCUCGACGGUCACGCCCCCCGGACAAGCCCCUCCCACCUGCACCCUCCCGCCCACUCCCCGCCGACCCCCGCCAAUCACGCGCCACCUUACCGAGAGCAGAGGGAAGCUCCUCCCCCACUUGUGUCCUCUCGCUCAUCGAGAAGUUUGAGAGAGAGCAGAUCAUCAUGGUACCAGAUAUCACCGGGGGAGUGAUGUGUACCCCACGGGUCCCCGAACAGCAGGCCGCUUCUGGGUCAUUUAGCCCUCCACCCUCAGAGUUCAUCCUGCCCUGCACGUCUCUUCAGGAUCCACUAGAGGCGCCACUGGCUGAGGAGGAGGUCGAGAAAGAAGAAAAGGAGGAGGAAGAUGAGGUGGACGAAACCGAGGAGGAUGACAGUGAACUCGGGGCGACCUGCUCAGAAAAGCGUCUCUCUAUGGAAUCGGGCUACGGUGCCUCUGAUAAACUGCUGGACACCAUGGAAAUGAGGGACCUCACAGCCAACCAAUCAGAAAUCCCCUCGGAUCGUUUGUCCCUCCCACCGUCACAGAUGGAUGGGAAGCUGGCUAAUAGAGACAGUGGUAUCGACAGCAUCAGCUCGCCCUCACACAGCGAGGAGCUCUGCUUCGUCGGGGACGAGGAUCGGGUCGGUCACGAGAGGGAGAUUUGCCCCUGCAGUCCAGGGCCCGGGCUUCCUUGCGGCUAUGCCGAGGGGCCCGAAGGAGAGGGGGCCAGCGGUGUGGAGGGCGGCAGAGACUCCGAGGGAGACAGUGAUAUGGAGGAGGGCAGCGGGGAUGAGAGUGAGAUGAACCCCAUGGCCCUUCAACCUCUGCCUAAAGCUGAACGACAGGACUCCACUGAGCUGUCAGUCCAGCAGCGGGUGUUUAACAUUGCUAAUGAGCUGCUGCAUACGGAGAAGGCUUACGUGUCCAGACUGCACCUCCUGGACCAGGUGUUCUGCGCCCAGCUGAUGGAGGAGGCCCGAGCUCGCAGCUCCUUCCCCUGUGAGGUGGUCAUGGGCAUCUUCUCCAACAUCUGCUCCAUCUACUGCUUCCACCAGCAGUUCCUGCUGCCCGCGCUGGAGAAACGCAUGGAGGAAUGGGAUCUGAACCCCCGCAUCGGGGACAUCCUGCAGAAACUGGCGCCUUUCCUGAAGAUGUACGGCGAGUACGUGAAAAAUUUUGACCGGGCCAUGGAGCUGGUGAACACCUGGAUGCAGCGCUCCUCUCAGUUCAAAGCCAUCAUUCACAACAUCCAGAAAGAGGAGAUGUGUGGGAAUCUUACCCUACAGCACCACAUGUUGGAGCCUGUGCAGAGGAUCCCUCGCUACGAGCUCCUGCUCAAAGACUAUCUGCACCGCCUGCCAGAGGACGCGGACGACUUCAAAGAUGCUCAGAAAUCUCUGGAGCUGAUCGCCACAGCGGCAGAACAUUCAAACGCUGCCAUCAGGAAAAUGGAGCGCAUGAGAAAGCUGUUGAAAGUGUACGAGUUGCUCGGUGGAGAAGAGGACAUUGUUAACCCGACUAAUGAGCUCAUUAAAGAGGGACACAUCCUGAAACUGUCAGCUAAAAACGGGACAUCCCAGGAUAGAUACCUCAUUCUGUUCAAUGACAGGUUGUUGUACUGCGUUCCCAAACUGAGGCUGAUUGGACAGAAGUUUGGAGUGCGAGCGCGGAUUGACGUUGACGGCAUGGAGCUGAAGGAGACCAGCAGCAUGAACGUACCGCGAACAUUUCUGGUUUCGGGAAAACAACGUUCACUAGAACUGCAAGCAAGGACGGAAGAGGAGAAGAGAGAUUGGAUUCAGGCGAUCCAGACCACUAUACAGAGACAUGAACAGACGCUGGAGACCUUCCGCAUGCUGAACUGCUCGUUUCGGGAGGAGGACUUCACUCCUCCAAACUCUCCGAAUUGCACAGAGCUUGGAAAGCGAGCGCCUACUCCAAUCCGGGAGAAAGAGGUCACGCUGUGCAUGAAGUGUCAGGAGCCUUUCAACUCUAUUACCAAAAGACGGCAUCACUGCAAAGCCUGUGGACAUGUGGUGUGUGGGAAGUGUUCGGAGUUCCGUGCCCGUCUGUUGUACGAUAACAACCGAGCCAACCGCGUGUGUAUAGAUUGCUACACCACGCUAGUGGGAGUGCCGCCCUCUCCGGCCAGUCUGAGCAACAGCAUACAGAGACGCCGCUCCAUUCUAGAGAAACAAGCCUCAGUGGCAGCUGAGAACAGCGUGUUGUGUAGUUUCCUUCAUCAUAUGGAGAAAGGAAGUGGACGUGGGUGGCAGAAGGCCUGGUUUGUCAUCCCUGACAAUGAGCCACUGGUGCUGUAUAUCUAUGGUGCUCCGCAGGAUGUCAAAGCCCAGCGCAGUAUUCCCCUCAUCGGCUUCGAGGUGUCCUUACCCGAAUCAAGUGACCGUCUAGAACGCCGCAACGCCUUCAAAAUGAGCCAGAGUCAUUUGACCAUUUACUUCAGUGCCGACUGUGAGGAACUGCAGCGACGUUGGAUGGAGGUCUUAUCGAGAGCCGGCAGGGGUGAGGAGCUGCAGUCAAACGGUCCGAUAUCCGAGGCCCUCGAGGAAGAAGGGGAGGAGCCAGUACCUACGGGAGAAAGCACAUGAUUGGCUGAAAAUAUGAUAUCAUUUUGCACACACAAACUGUACAAAUGUGACCACACCGACAGGAUAUAAUAGACAAAAAACACACACACACACACGUAUACCUUCUCUCUUACACACGUCUGUAUUAAUUGUCAGUUGUAAAUUGCAUGAAAUAUCUACAGUUUCUCUGUGUAUUGCUCAUCUUGUGUGAGUGACCAGUGUUUGGAACAAUCUGACAAAAGUGCGCACACUUUAAAGGGGUCAUAGGAUACCCAUUUUUCAAGUUGAUAUGAUUCUUU